GGAAACCAUUGAUGGAAAAUGAUGUUCGCCGCUGCUCUUGCCUUGCUUUUUACUUUUGCUGCCACACUCAAGCCCAAUGCCACUGAAGACCAGCAGGUGGAGGAAUGGGAUCCAGCAAACCUCCGAAAGGCUAUUUACGAAAAGCUUUCCAAAGUCCUGAUUGAAAAGGAAUCAAAACCUGGAGAGCCACUGCAAGCAGUCAACUGGCCUCUGGCACAUUUCAUAGACCGCUACCUUGACGAGGCUGAGGCCCAUGCUCCCUCCACUACACCUGACACCUGGACCAUCAACGAUCAUACUGAACAUUAUGAUCUGAUAGAAAAUUUCUUGAAAGAUGAGACAAUAGAAAAGAACAGCACUAAGCUCGAAGAUUUUAUGUUUAAAGACUUCAUAAAGAAAUAUGAACCAGCUGUUGUUUGGGAGGAGACUGAAAAAGCGCUGGGACGAAACUAUACAAAUAAUCUUAAAUUCUUGAAAGGCUUGGACUCGACAGAUGAGCUGCUCAACCUCAGUAUCUCAGGCAGCGGCCGUCGUUAUUGGAAUAACCAGUGGCCAAUGGGAACGCCGACUCAAAAGCCGCCAUUUUAUCAAAAUGAAAACAUGAAAAAAGGUGACGGUGAAGCCGCUACGUACAUAAUGAGACAAUUCAUCUACCAUGCUAGGAACAGAAUGUCGCUCAUGCAACAACUAAGAGAUAAAUACCGAGCAACAGCGCUGUACAAGAUGGGAUACCUUUUUGCUAAAACUGAUUACGCAUGUAAAAUUUUCGGUUCUCUCGCAUUCAAAGCGUUCUCAGAUUGUUCGAUGACGCGUUAUAAAAUAUUUGGAAAACACCGUGUAUACAAAAGUUAUAUGGAUGUAGCGUACAGUAUUGAGCGGUUGAUAUCCAGGUGGUUUGAUAUAGACAUACUGAAAGACCUGUUGGUAUCGAACGACAGGAUAGCCCGGAACGUGUUGUUAAAGGACAAGAACCUCACCACGCCUAAGAUGGUCGUUGAGGCUUUUAAUGAAAUGUUUAUUGACUAAGGAUUUAGUCACUAAAAACUACAGGAUUUUGUAGGAUUUAGUCACUAAAUCUUACAAAAUCCUGAAAUAAAAAAAAAAUUCUUGAGUUUAAUGUUAAUAAAUCCUAA